AUGACAGCCAUUUCCAGUCUACUCGAGGCCCGCUACGGGUCUCCAUCGGAGAACGGCACGGGAUCAGCAUCAGCCAACCCCACCCUGGAGACGCUGCUGCAACACCGCUCCGUGCGGAACUUUCUGCCUCAGAGCUUGGCCCCGGGGACGCUGGAGGUGCUGGUGGCGGCGGGCCAGAGCGCGGCCACGUCAUCCAACCUGCAGACCUGGAGCGUCGUGGCCGUCCAAGACGCGGAGCGCAAGGCUCAAGCCGCGACACUGAGCGCCGAUCAGGAGUUUAUCCGGGCGGCGCCGCUAUUUCUCGUCUUUUGCGCAGACCUCGGCCGGCUGACGCGCGUAUCGGAGCGCCACGGCCACGCUGGCACCGGCCUCGAGUACACGGAGAUGUUCCUCAUGGCGUCCAUUGACGCGGCGCUGGCCGCGCAAAACGUGAGCGUCGCCGCCGAGUCCCUCGGCCUGGGCAUCUGCUACGUCGGAGCCGUGCGCAACCAGCCCCGGGCCAUGGCCGAUCUGCUGGGGCUGCCGGGCCGUGUCAUUGCUCUCUUUGGGCUGUCCGUGGGCGUCCCGGACCCAGCGAACCCGGCUUCGGUCAAGCCGCGGCUCCCCGUUGCCGAGGUCUUGCAUCGCGAAACAUGGGUCGCCGAUCGGGAGAAGCAGGAUGCGCAAAUUACUCAUUAUGAUGACGCCAUCGCGUCUUUCAAUGCUGGUCAAAAGCGAGAAGGCAUACCAGCUUGGAGCGAGCGCAGCGCCAAGAGGGUUGCGACUGUCGAGUCACUGAGUGGGCGGCAUGUGUGGAACGACGUCCUCAAGGAGCGCGGAUUCGAUCUCAAGUGA